AGAGAGAGAGAAGGGGAUUAAAAUAAUAAUUAAAAAGAAAAAAAAUAAAUAAAAAAGAGAAGGAACCAAACGCAAAAUAAGAAUAAACUGCUGGUGUAUUAUUUAGUUUGUCAAUUGAAAUAAGAGAGAGACAAACACUCACUCGAUUCCUCGAACAUGGAGGAUCGAGAGAGUCCCUUUGCAAGGACUCAACCAAGUAGAAGUUCGAUAAGACCAGCAAGUAUUUUACGAAAGGCUGCCAUGUUAGCGGUUAAUAAUAGUAGCGGUGGUGGUGGUCACGAAACUGGACGACAGGAAGUAACAAGUCCUAAAACAAUGAACAAGAGACUACCUACGGCGCACACUGCAUUGGACAAUUUGAAACAAUGGGAAUUGGUUGAGGAUAGUAAUAAAGGUCUUCAAGUUGUCGAGAAAAGAAAUUCUACGAAAGGAAUGCCAAGCAGUCCUUCGUCAUACGGUAACAAGACGCCGGUGUUUUCGAGAAGAACGAUGCCCGCUGAUAAUGCAAUGAUCGACGUUAAUUUCGAAGAAAAAUUAAAGGCAUUUAAAAAUUCUAAGAUCAUACAACCGAUUCACGAACCGUCGUUGAUAUCUUUGCAAAACGAACAUGAAUCACCUAUAAGUCUUAAUUUGAUUUUAAAGCAACGUCAAGAACAACAACAGCAGAAACAACAAUUGCAACACCAACGGCAACAACAGCAAUUCUGUAAAAAUAGUAAUACUACUGAGGAGAGUAGUACUGACAUGCUUCAAUUAUUGGAACAACAGGUCAAAGCUAUCGAAAUGGGCACGAUAGCGGCUGCGAAAACCCGUCAAUUGGAAAACAGCGAGGAAUUCCGACCGGAAGUUGAAUUACGUUACAGGGAACACGAGGAUCUGUUGAAGAAUGUUACCGACGACGAGGCCGAGGGGGCUUCGCCGUUGCAUCGCGGAGACGCUACGAGAAAUUCAACUGGAAAUGCGAGCAUCGCAACGAAGAAGCCUUCCUCGGUGAAACUUUCAAGGACAGCUUCGGAUACUAGACGAGGACAGGAAACGGAAAUACCUUUGAGAGCUCAAACGAGGGUGCAACCAGUUCGCACCCUCGUACGACCAAUCAUCACUAAGAAAGAUCAUCGUCAGCUGCAACAACAGCAACAACUACAGCUGCAGCAACAACAGCAACAACAACAACAACAACAACAACAACAGAACAAUAUUAUCAGCAGUACUUUCAGGCCACUCUCUGACGUCAUGCAGAAAGGUGUUCGUAACGAGAAGGAGACCGGGGAUGGCGUUGGAGCAUUGUCGACCAGCGGUGGACGAAUGUCGUCCAGGAGCCGAACCUCCGAGGAACCGCACAUUGGUAAAUACAAGUUACUCAAAACCAUUGGUAAGGGUAACUUCGCCAAGGUCAAACUUGCUAAACAUGUACCUACGGGGAAAGAAGUGGCCAUCAAGAUUAUCGACAAAACGCAACUUAAUCCGGGCAGUCUUCAAAAGCUCUUUCGAGAAGUAAGGAUAAUGAAGAUGCUCGACCAUCCGAACAUAGUGAAACUUUUCCAAGUAAUCGAGACUGAAAAGACACUGUACCUGGUAAUGGAGUAUGCUAGCGGUGGUGAAGUAUUCGAUUAUCUCGUUUUACAUGGUCGAAUGAAGGAAAAGGAGGCUCGUGCUAAAUUUAGGCAAAUCGUGUCUGCCGUGCAAUACUGCCAUCAGAAAAAGAUCAUUCAUAGAGACUUAAAGGCCGAGAAUUUGUUACUCGACAGCGAGAUGAACAUUAAGAUCGCUGACUUUGGUUUCAGUAAUGAAUUUACACCUGGUAACAAAUUGGAUACUUUCUGUGGCUCGCCACCUUACGCUGCACCUGAACUUUUCCAAGGUAAAAAGUAUGACGGCCCUGAAGUGGACGUAUGGUCGUUGGGAGUAAUACUGUAUACUUUAGUAUCUGGCUCACUGCCAUUUGAUGGGUCAACACUGAGGGAAUUAAGGGAAAGGGUGCUAAGAGGAAAGUAUCGGAUCCCAUUUUACAUGUCCACAGACUGUGAAAAUCUCUUGAAAAAAUUCUUGGUGCUUAACCCUACGAAACGAGCCUCGUUAGAGGUACGUGGAGAUAAGAAUAUAAUGAAAGAUAAAUGGAUGAAUAUGGGAUAUGAGGAUGACGAAUUGAAACCGUACUUAGAACCUGAACCUGAUUAUAAAGACCACAAGAGGAUAGGUGAGUCUGCCAAGGCCUUAGCUAAUAUGGGAUAUACGAGAAGUGAGAUAGAAGACUCAUUAGGUCAAGCUAAAUAUGAUGAUGUAUUUGCGACAUAUUUGCUAUUAGGCAGAAAAACAACAGAUCCUGAAAGUGAUGGCUCACGGUCCGGAAGUUCUUUAUCGUUGCGCACUAUUCCUGCACAAGUUAGUUCGGGCGGAGGAGGAAGUAGUGGAGGAGGUACAGGUGGUGCUGUACAAAGCCCAUCACACAGAAGUGUUCACAGAAGUAUUUCUGCUAGCAAUCCAAAGCCCAGCAGACGGGCCUCGUCUGGUGGCGAAACCCUUCGAGGUGCACCAAGUCCAGGUAAUGCAACGAAUCAUAAUCAUGCUCCUGCUGUAACUGGUGGAACAGUUACCAGUAGUGGUGGUAGCAAUUUCAAACGGCAAAAUACUGUAGAUGCGGCAACAAUCAAGGAGAAUAGUGCUCGUGUUUCUGCCGCUCGACCUUCCGCACCGAAAAAUAGUCCAGGGCAACUCGAUACCAUGACAAUGUUCAUUCUAGGCGUGGGUACAAGUCCCAGUAGUAAAGGAAGGGUGGGCAAGAGCAACGCAAUGAAUGCAGGAGUAGGUGGAGUUCGACCAAUUACCUCACCUGCUCCUGGUUCUGUUGGUCGACGUAGCACCAUCUCCUAUGACCAAGCAAAAACAUCUUCUUCUACUGAAAGAACCAACGACGUACCCAGUUUUGUGCACAGCCUGGGCGAAGGCACUAGACCAACACGGGGUCACACCAAGUCUGCGAGCAUCAGUGCAGGUCACCGUUCCUCCAGUGGCGUACCUCCCAGCGACCAUUCACUACUGGACCCUCAACCACGCAACGCCCACAACUCCUUACUCGCCACUGCUGACCCUCUUAGGCAGAGCUUGGGCGUACCUCCAAGCAAUAGACUAGCAACACCAACAACACCGGCGUUUCCUCGAAAUGUUCCAAGCCGUAGUACGUUCCAUUCUGGGCAAAACAGAGCACAGCGUAGUCAUACUCAGGGUCAUACACAUACACAGGACACAAAUGCGAUUAGCCCCCUAGCAAGGCCAUCCUUUUUCUCCAAGUUGUCUUCAAAAUUCUCCAAACGCCCCAUGGACCCAUCCGUACCCCCCAAGCACCCAGUAGUGAGCGGUGCACCAACCACUAAUGAUGAACAAGUUAAACCACGCAGUCUACGUUUUACUUGGAGCAUGAAAACAACCAGUAGUCGAGAUCCAAAUGAAAUAAUGUCGGAAAUUCGAAAAGUAUUGGAUGCUAAUAAAUGUCAGUACGAACAACGUGAAAGAUUUCUAUUAUUAUGUGCUCAUGGAGAUGCGGCAACUGACAGUCAAGUACAAUGGGAAAUAGAAGUCUGCAAACUGCCUCGACUUUCCUUAAAUGGUGUAAGAUUUAAACGUAUAUCGGGCACUUCUAUUGGUUUUAAAAAUAUUGCCAGUAAAGUUGCAGACGAGCUUAAACUAUGAUUAUCGGCCACGGGCGCCUUAGCAAACCGCGCCAACCCAUAACGCCCUCAUGAAGAGUACCAUCAGAUGGCAGCCUGCGAGGAAUUUUAUUUUUGUUUCUUCUGGGAUUCCGAUUCAGAAACAGAUAGUCAAGAAAUAUUUGUUUGACGAUUUCUCCAUCCCAAAGAAAAAGGCAGAAGACAUCUUACGGAGUAGAUCAUCAAUAUAUUUCCUCUGUGUUGGAGGUAUGCUGUUGCGAUUCUUGGAAAGAAAGCUUGGAACUGUGAUUUGUGAUGGCUAAUACAUUUUGAAAUACUCUUGAGUGCCAAAUGGAACUAGGUUGGCUCAUCAUAUAUAAUACUUCAAGAAAGGCUGAACAAUUAGCCAACCAACUUAUGUGUAAAGCUGGGCAUUACACACAAAAAUCUCUACAUGAUUAGUUUUUGAACUUUCUUUCUUUUAGUUUAUCUCAAAUGGAUCUGCAUAAUUGACAAUGAGUGAAAGUAUCAGCAUUUUGCUUACAGUUUGACCCACACCCUAAUCGUGAUCUCUCUCUCUCUCUCUCUCUCUCUCUCUCUCUCUCUCUCUUUCUCUUUCUCUUUCUCUUUCUCUCUCUUUUUCUCCUCUCUCUUUCUCUCUUUCUCUCUCUCCUUCCCCUCUUUCUUUCUCUCUCUGGCAGUUUUCAAUUUAAGUACAUCAUAAUUCAGUUCUGACAGUAUUAUUAAUAUGGCAUUGCUCUUCUCUAGAUAUUGCAGGUGUGUGGCUGCAGUAAUAUAUAUAUAUAUGAAUAUAUUUAUAAACUUUUUAUAUUAUAAUACGCUUUGUAGGUGUCAAAUAUUAUUUUCUUCUUUAAUAUGUUGUUAGUAUAACUCUACUAAUAUUCUAGAAUGAAAAUCAGUAAUAUAUUUUUAAUGUGCCUAAUAAAAAGAAUAUGAAAAAUAUGCCUUCUUCCUUCUGAAAAAGGUAUUGUUUAAAAUAAAAAGGUCAUUAUAAAACCUUUCGACGAAAUAUAAAAGGAUUUUGGGAACACACAUGCGGUACACUUUCAAUGUCCAGAGAAUUUUUUCACACAAUACUAUUAAAUUAAAUUAUGUUUCAUAUUUAAAAUGUUAUAAGUGGGGUAUCUCUGUAAAUAAUUUAUCGAAUCUAAUAACUCGUGAGAAGAAGAAAAAUAAGUAUGUAGCGAUCUAUUAAUAAGAAAUUAUCAUCACUAUAACCAAUUACAGUAAACAAAUAAUAAAUUGAACUAUAUUUUAACGCUGGGCAAGUGCACAGCCAAACUUUACUUUUCAAACAUUUUUAUGAUGUUUUACUUUUUUAUCUAUAUUAUAUAAGUUUGAAACUACACAGCACUUUAGAUAUUAGCAAAUUAAUUCAUAAUAAUUGCUAUUAUUAACAACAUUUUUAUUUUUAUCAUAAAAUAUAAAUAAUAUUCGAUGCAGUACUACGAAGAUAGAAGGAAAAGAGAGCUAUAUUAACAUAAUUUAAUAAUAUCACCGAGCGACAAAACUCAUGUUUCAUGUGAAUAAUACACAAGCUCUCAAUUCUCAAAAAAAGUUGGGAUAUACCUAGAGACACCUCAUUAUUAUUAAUAACAAGAUCUGUCAUUUCUACGAAUGGUUAUGAUAAUAUUAAAUUUAAGUAUUAUAAUUGGCUACUUAUUAUUAAAUAUAGUACUAUUUAAUAUCUUUUAUUCACAAAAUAAUUCACGAUCGAUGAAGUCAAAUUCUAGAAGUUAUUCUAAAUGUAGAGGCGAAUUUAGAGACUUGGUGUAAAUAAUAUAAUAACAAAGGUACUAAAUUAAUCGAAUGGGAGAAAAAAACCGCCUCUCAUACCAAGAAUAUUAUUAAUACAAAACUCGGAAAUUCAAGUAUCAAACUUUUUAUAUUUGCCUAAGAUUAAUGAAGAAGAAGUAUGUUAUGAAAUAUAGGCAAUGACACUAAUAAUUUAUUUACGUAAAUACAACAAAUGCAAUGAUUUUUUCACAUUUCUAACACUCGCACUUUUAAAGAGUACGAGUAAUUUCAACGUACAUAAAAUACAUAUAUUAUACCACUACAUUGGCUGCUGUGUUUUGGUAAGCAGUGUUACAAAUUGAUAUACAUAAAUGACUGAUAGCAACUAAGUAUCGACGCCGGCAGUUCUGUAUUGAAACAUCUCUCUUCGAAUGAAAACUUUAAAUACGAUGAAUAUACAGAAAAAAAGGGCAUCGGGACUUACUCUCUUUACACUUAUAAUCAUACAAGUUCCAUUUAUCAAAAUUAUCCUACGAACCAAUAAUACAAAGGACAGUGUAAUAUAUAUAUAAAUUAAAUAAAAUAUGAGAUGUGUUAAAUAAAUACACGCAGAGAACAUACUACAUAUACACAUGAAAAAAACAGUGUUAAGUAAAAUGGUGGACGUAAUAUAAAAUGCAUCUAUCGCAAACACUUCAUUAUUAGAGAAUUAGAUCUCAGGAUAUGAUCAAGAAUUUUUUCUUUUCUUUUAUGUUUUUUUCUUCUUUUUUGUUCUUUUCUCCUUCUUUCAUUCUUUCUUUGUUAAUUCCGACAUUAACGAUUAGUAUAUAUUGAGUACAAUAUUCUCACGUUAUUGCGAUCACACACGAUUAAUUCGUCGAAAAAUAAAACAAAAAUAUAAUCUAUGCGAUCGCUAUAACAAACUGACAACAUAUAGAAAUAUACCUUUAUGAUAGUAUAAUUAUUAUUAAUGUUAAACAUGUAAGGCUCUUUAAUAGCGUUAAAUGGUAUAUCCCUAUAUUAUUAGGAAAAUGAUUAUAUAAUGUAAUCUAUACAUACAUCGCGACCCUCCGGUCGCUUGCUUUAACGAGAAUAAAUGUAUAAAUUAAUUAUUAACGCUUUCAUGAAAUGAAUCUAAGUUUAAGAGCAACAACAACAACAACAACAAUAAUAAUAAAAAAAAAAAUAAAAAAUAAAACGAUAUGAUUUGAACGUGAAAAUUAUUAAGAACACACGAUUGUAUAUAGCUGAAUGGAUGACACUAAAGUUCUUUUUAAAUGGUCGUGGUAGCGGAAAAAAGUAUUGUGAUUUUUUGUAUGUAAGUGCCGUGUAACAAACAAACAAAAAAUAUAUCUGCUCCCCAAAAAAAAAACAACCUGUGUUGUCCAUGCAGCUGUGUUUAAAUUACACCUUGCACGCAUGCGCACAUGUACACAAUGCCUGUGUAACUUUGUGCACCGGCAAGAAAAUUAUAUAUUACAUGCGUACAUAUAUACAAUACAUAUUAUACACACACACACACAUUAUACACAUAUACAUACAUAUACACAUACGAGAACAUGUCAGUCUGUAGAUAGGUACAUACAUAAAGCUUUGCUAAGUGUUUUCUGGUGAUCGGUAUCUAGCAAACUGUAGCAAAAAUGUUUAUAAUAAAAUGGUAACAUACAUUGUUUCCCAAUA